AAUAGUUGUAGUAAUUUAAUUGUAGUCUUGUCGCUCAUUCAGGCGAAACUGCGAAUGACAAUUAUUAGACCUUACUUAUCCUAAUCGUCAAACUCAGUUUCUGACUAGUGUUUACUGUUUAUUCAUUAGAACAUUUGAGGAAGAAAAAACAACAUAUUACUAUUUAUUUCAAUAUUUCACGUUUUGUGCAAUAAAUUGACAGAUGGCCAGUGUUGUUGUCGUUGGGUUGGGUCUGGCUGUAGCUGGUUUUGCUGGUCGACAAAUCUUAAGAGUUGCGCCACAGGUUGCUCAACAGAUGAGCGAAGUUCUCAAAACAAUGACAUCCGAAUCGGGAAUUUUGUCAAGUAGUAAAUUUCAUAAAGGUGGAUUUGAACCUACCAUGUCCAAACGUGAAGCCACGCUCAUACUUGACGUAUCAAAUAAUGCUCCGAAAAAUAAAAUCAAGGAAGCACACAAACGAAUCAUGUUGAUCAAUCAUCCGGAUAAGGGAGGUUCACCGUACAUUGCAGCAAAAAUAAACGAAGCCAAAGAUCUUUUGGAUAAAAAAUAAACAGAAGGGGUAUUUAAGAACGCUCUUGGAAUCGUAGUGUAAAUAUGUGAAUGUACAAAAAAAUAUAGAUGCCUAUAUAUAAAUAUCA